AAUGGUGAGGAACGCGGUUGUGGUUAGUGGAGAGGUGGCCUCCUUGGGGCUGAAGGCUGUGGAUGCUGGGGCAUUGGAAGAGGGAGCUGUUAGGACAGGAUCGGGUGCUGCCCGUUAUGAGAGUGGGGGCAGCAAGAAAUGGCAGUCUUUCCUGAGGCCCGGGGCGUGACCGUGGGCGGAAGAGACUUAGGUGGGUGGGAGGAGAACCCCCCUGAGGACAGAGAGGCGCAGGCCACGGCCUGGUCAGCCCCGGGGGCGCUGAGGUCGCCGAGGAGGAUCAGCGGUGUGAGGGCUGCGAGGAGGACAGGGCGUGUACCACGUGAGAAGCGUGUUCAGAGGCUGGCUGGGUGGGAGGAGAAUGUCCAUGGGAUUGGCACAGGUCUCGAACAUGGGGCUGCUGGGACAGUCGCGCAGCAGAUCCUGACGCUCAGCGGAUCGUCCCUCAGGUGUCAGCUCCCAACAGCAGGGAAGGAAGCCUGCGGCGGACCCAGAGGAGACUGGCACCAACCUCCCCGGGCUCGGAUGCACAGGCCCAGAGCCCAUCAAUCCUAAGCCAGCCCCGCCCUCCGGGCUGCGUUUAUCCGGCGGCGCAGGAACUUCCUGCGCGGUUGCUAUGGUUCCGAGGGCAGGACGAUGCGAGGCUGUCCUGUACUAUGGGAGGCUGCCCUGUAAGGAAAAGAAGAAGAAAUGGCAGUGAAGAGGGCAAUCAUCAUUCUGCCCAGCCCAAAAGGAAUAAGGGAAACCCUAUCUUUCAGGAUUCUCAAGAUACAGAGUUCUCAUGGAGUGAUAAUGAAAGGAGCAGCAGCUGCAUUAAUAUCCCAGAGAGAGCAAGUGGACCAGAAGGCAACUUAAACCAGAUUGUUACUGAACCCAAUGCAAACAUUCCCCAGUUCUUGCAUGAGGGAUUGUGUAAACCUGUUCAUGUCAUAAACUGGUUUAUGUCCUUUGGUCCUGAAAUAAAACUCAAUACUUCACAGCAGGGAAGGAACCAAGCUGUUUAAAACUAAUUAUCUCCACUAUGAAGGAGAAGUAUUUUCAAGGAAUAUCAGAAGAAAGUAGAAAGUGAGAGGAGGUUCCAGCUGAGCUUCCUGGGUCGAGUAGGGGCUCAGAAAGCUGUGAAACUCACUCAUUUCCUGCAUCAGGACUUACUUUGGUCCUGGAUGAAUAGUAUUGAAGAUACAUGCUUAAAAUAUUCCUAACAUCAGAAUUUGUGCCUGUGUUUCCUUCCCCAAGAAAGCUAUAAACAGCAAAAAUUUUGUUGUAAGCUUCCCUGUGUCCUCUCUCUCUCCCUUCCCCCUCCCCUGAAACUAAAAGGAAUGUUAAAAGCCCCUUUUUCUUUGACCAGCAGACCUUAUCUAUGUUCCCAAUUCCAAUUCCUUGUAAACACAAUAUGUAAAAUCCUGUGAGAUCCUGUCUCCUUUGUCAUGCCACUGCAAGGUUAUAAGUAGAUAAAAGUUAAGUUACAAUUCCGGUUUGCCUCAAGACCUGAGUCAUGUUAAUUGUCUUUGUUUCUCGCUCUGGUAACAUCUUCCUGCCGCACAUAUUUCCCGCCUUAAAGAGUUUAAAAGGCGUUCAAAAAAAUCUAACACUGGCUACCCGCUUGGUACCCCUUCCACGCUGUGGAAGCUUUGUAUGGUCACUCUGCUUAAUAAAGCCUCCAGCUUUUUA